AUGGCGGCGUGCGCGGUAGGCGGAGGCGCGGGCGUCGUGUUAGCCGGCGGCCGCUCUUCCCGGCUCGCGCCUGCAACAAAAGCAGCGCGGCCCGCCUACGAAACGUGGCCGAACUUUCCCAGGCAAAGCACACAGGAUGCUGAUUACAACAAAAUUGGCGGUUACGAGCAGUGUGUCAAUGAAACGCCGCGCCGCGCCGCUUUCAUUGUCGAGUUAGAAAACACUUUAGAACAAGAGCAAGAAGCUCUGGUGAAUAGGCUAUGGAAAAGAAUGGAUAAGCUUGAAGCAGAAAAAAGGUCUCUUCAAAUUAGGUUGGAUCAGCCUGUGUCGGACCCAGCCAGUCCUAGGGACAUUAGUAAUGGAGACACUGCAUCCAAUCUUAGCAAUCAUAUUCAAACAUUGCGCUCAGAGGUUGUCAAGUUAAGGAACCAAUUGGCUGUAUCACAGAAUGAGAAUAAGGAGAAGAUGCAUCGUUUCGCCUUAGAAGAGAAGCAUAUCAGGGAAGAAAAUCUCCGCCUGCAACGAAAACUACAGCAGGAGGUUGAACGUCGUGAAGCGCUUUGUCGGCAUCUCUCUGAAAGUGAAUCGUCGCUUGAAAUGGAGGAGGAGAGACAGUUCAAUGAAGCACUGAGUGCGGCUUCGCGGCAAUCGCUGUGGGUCGAAGACGGUUCUGAUCGGGAUCAGAGAAAUCGAGAUCCCCUCGUUAAUGUAAAUCACGAAGGGGCAGUAUCGCUGCCGUCGCAUCAACCCACUAACCUCCCUCGAGGAGACUAA